AUGGGCGACCCACGAAAUAUGAACGCACCACCAAUAUUACCUCCAGCUUCUUCGCUGAUCUUCCCAAACAGAAACUCCCAUGCACAGUCGGUGCCACCACCUCCACUGGUGGCGUUGCCGCCCUUGACCAGAUACCCUUACAGCAUGGCACCGCAGGACCACUCUCUGCCGCCACUGGGAAAGCUAGUGUUUGACUCCCAGUCCGGUGCCCGUCCAUCUCCUGGAUCUGUGGCUUAUUCAUACCCUCCGGCAGCGUCGGAGCCAGUCCUGAAACAGUCCCCGCCAAGCUCGCCGCCAAAACCGCAUAGAAAGCGCACAUCGUCGUCAACUCCGUCGCAUCCCCGCAAGAAGAGAGAAUGUCCGAUCUGCCACAACUACUUCAGUAAUCUGACAACUCAUCGCGCAACACACAUCCAAGAUUCUCGGCCAUUCACCUGCCAGACAUGCUCGCGCUCGUUCAAACGACUCAAUGACCUCAUGAGACAUGAAAAAUGCCACCUGUCCAAGCUCGGAGAGUGGGAGUUCCGGUGCCCAUUUUUCAUCAACGACCCGGCAGGACGCAGCGAGAACUGCCACCACUCGGGCCAGUUCACCAGAUGCGACACCUACAAGAACCAUCUCAAGGCCAUCCAUUUCAAGUACCCGCCAAACACGCCCAAGAGCGACCGGUCCAAGGUGAGUGGCAGCUGCCGCGAAUGCGGCAUGUACUUCAACAACGUGCAGGAAUGGCUCACCACCCAUGUGGAGACCAAAGAAUGCACCAGAAAGCUGGACACAGGCGGGCGCAAGAAAUUCAUGACAUAA